GCCCCAGCUGCUCCUCUCUCGGGCUCACACAUGAGGGGGCAGGGUGGCUCUUCAGAGGAAGGGUGGUAGCUGGGCCGAGGGAACCUGGCUCUGCCCAGGUGUCCCUAUCAGGACCCCUGUACCCCUCCCCAUGGCAAGGGAGACCUUCCCGUUCACCUCCUCCACGCUGCGCUCUCUCCACCUACAGCGAGAGUGGUUGGAGUGGGAGGACAGGCGGCGGGCUAUCACACAGCAGUGCCGGAGCCGCAGGUGCCCCCCCAGCCCACGAGCCCGACUCACUAGGCCUCGCCGUUCCUGCCGCGACCCAGCUGUCCACAAUGCCCUGUUCUCGGGUGACCUGCAGCAGGUCCAAGCCCUGUUCCAAGAUGAAGAGGCUGCCAACAUGAUUGUGGAGACCGUGAGCAACCAGCUGGCCUGGUCAGCCGAACAGGGGUUCUGGGUGAUGACCCCCAAGACCAAGCAGACGUCGCCUCUCACCAUCGCUGCAGCCCGAGGCUAUACUGACUGCGCCCGCUAUCUGAUCCUGCAGGGAGCUGAGCUGGACACCCGCAUCGGGGGCCGGGCUGCCUUGCACGAGGCCUGCACCGGAUCCCAAUCUGACUGCGUGCAGCUGUUGCUGACCUUUGGUGCCAAGGCCAACGUGCUGUCCGAGGAGGGCACUGCCCCCCUGCACCUCUGCACAGCCCCCGAGUCUUUGCAGUGUGCCAAGCUGCUGCUGGAAGCGGGAGCGACAGUGAACCUGGCAGCACAGGACAGCGAAGAGACGCCCCUACAUGUGGCGGCUGCGCGCGGCCUAGAGGCGCAUGUGGCUCUCUACCUGGAGCACGGCGCCGAGGUGGGCUUGCGCACCAGCCAGGGCGAAACCGCCCUAAACGCGGCGUGCGCGGCGGCUGAGGACCCAGGCCGCGGCCGGCAGCAAGAGGCCGUGGCACGCCGGCUGCUGGAGGCCGGUGCUGAUGCUCGGGCGGCGGGCCGCAAGCGCCAUACACCACUGCACAAUGCCUGUGCCAAUGGCUGCGGGGGCCUGGCCGAGCUGCUGUUGCGCCACGGGGCCUGCGCUGGGGUCCGCAACGGGGCGGGCCACACACCCAUGGACUGUGCUCUGCAGGCCAUCCAGGAUGCCCCCAACUGGGAGCCUGAGGUCCUCUUCGCGGCGCUCUUGGACUAUGGGGCCCAGCCUGUGCGCCCUGAGAUGCUGAAACUGUGUGCCUCCUUCCCUCGGGCCCUGGAAGUCCUGCUUAAUGCCUACCCUUGUGUACCAUCCUGUGAUACCUGGGUUGAGGCAGUGCUUCCAGAACUGUGGCAGGAGCAUGAAGCCUUCUACCACUCGGCCCUGCACAUGGUGAACCAGCCCAGGCGGCUGCAGCACCUGGCCCGGCUGGCUGUGCGUGCUCAGUUGGGUGGCUGUUGCCGCCAGGCUGCCACCCAGCUCCCACUGCCACCGCUCCUCAGGGAAUAUCUGCUGCUGCGUGUGGAGGGACGCAUCCAGUGAGCCCCAUGGCCAGGCUGUGCCCACAGCUUCUGCCCCCUGCAUCUGUACCCGCCAACACUAGAGGAUCAGUCCCUGGCCCUUUCCCACCCUCCCCAUGCCUUCCCUGGCCAGCUCAUUCCUCUGCUGGCUCCCUGGGCUACCUGCUGACCUCCAGCCAGCCCUGAGCUUCAGAUCUUUUCUCCAGCGGGAAGGUCUACAGAACCACCUGCCUCCUCCUUUGCUAAGUGGAGGGCCCCUGCAACCAGGUCCCCAACCAGGAGACAGUGAUUCUUGUUGCCUCCUCCCCUGCUACCCAUGUACCUGUUCAGCCUCCUAAAGAGUGAUGAACUCUACCUUUACCUGCACUGCC